AUGAAAUUAUCUGUAGAGUUGCUGAAUGGAAGAAGAUAUAAGACUACUCUGCCAAGCAAAAUACAUCCUCCAAGUGACCAGAAGAAAGUGAGACAACUCACUGAAAGAGGGGGUCAGCACUUCAACAAACAUGCUAAAUCCCUACCUAAGCUGUCGAAAGGACAAAGUGUACAUGUACAGGAUGCAAUCAUGAAAACCUGGAGCCCAACAAAAGUUGUUGCUGAAGGCAAAACACCAAGGUCAUACAUAAUUGAGACCCACACCGGUCAGCAAAUGAGCAGAAACAGAGCCAUAUCAGAGCUGGAAAAACAGAAACGACCAGCAACAACAUCAGAAACAUCACCAGAAAAUGAGACAUUAGCAACAGCAAGCGCAACUCCUGCAACACCGAGAACAACAUGCACAACAUCGCCCAUGCAGAGUGUCAACUCAACACUAAGAGAAACAACAAAUGCCAAAUCUACAAGAUGGAGUUUGAUUGUUUAUCUCAAGAAAGAGUUACACAUAUCAUGCAUGGGCUGUUUCUGGGGUGCUGAAAGAAAAUUCUGGGUUCAAAAAGGUGUCUAUUCUACUCAGGUUGGAUAUGCUGGUGGAUUUACUCCAAACACAACCUAUAAGGAGACCUGUACAGGGAUGACUGGCCACGCAGAAGUAGUCAGAGUUGUAUACCAUCCAGACAAAAUCUGCUUUGAAAAACUGCUCAAGGUCUUCUGGGAGAGCCAUGACCCAACACAAGAUAUGCGGCAAGGAAAUGAUAUUGGCACACAGUACCGCUCGGUCAUUUACCCAUACCCACAAGAGCAGAUGGCUGUAGCUCUGAAAUCCAAAGAGGCCUAUCAGGAGGAGCUGAACAGAAGUGGGUAUGGUCAAAUCACAACAGAGAUCUGUGAGGCGCAAGUGUUUUACUUCACUGAAGAUUACCAUCAGCAGUACUUGGAUAAGAACCCAGGUGGUUAUUGUGGAUUGGGUGGCACUGGGGUUUCUUGCCCAAUAGGUAUUCAGAAAUAA